AGAGGAGUAACUGCAGAUGAUAGUAAAUGUAAGAGAGGAGUUGCAGAUGAUACGAUGGUGGGUAGUAUGUACAGGAGAGAGGAGUACGGAGGUAUGACAGUGAUGGGUAUGUACAGGAGAGGAGUAGGUGGAGGUAUGACAGUGAUGGGUAUGUACAGGAGAGGAGUACGGAGGUAUGACAGUGAUGGGUAUGUACAGGAGAGGAGUGUGGAGGUAUGACAGUGAUGAUGGGUAUGUACAGGAGAGGAGUACGGAGGUAUGACAGUGAUGGGUAUGUACAGGAGAGGAGUACGGAGGUAUGACAG